AUGAAGUUGAUGAUAGAAGCAUUGACAGGGACACUAUUCUACAUUCAAGUGGAAGACAAUGCGACAGUAGGUGAUCUAAAGAAGGAGAUUGAAACACAAGAGAAGCUCCCUAAAGAUCGUCUCAUACUUCUUCAUCACUUCCAUGACAAUCAUGAACAUGGUAAUCCUCAUAACAAUGAUCAUCAAAAUGGGCUUUUGAUGAUGAUGAUGAUGAUAAUGGUGGAAGACACAUUUUCCCUUGUUGAUUAUGGUGUUAGAGAUGGAUCUCAUAUUCAUCUUUGUUUCAAUACCCUUGAUGAUGAUGAUGAUGAUGAUGAUGAUGCCUCAUCUCAAUAUCAUCUCUUAUUCUCUGUUCCUGAUUCCUUUAUUUGGUAA